AUGGCCUCUUUCAAGGAAUUAUCUCUUUCUCGUCCUCUCCCUCAGUCUAAUCCACGCCACCAUUCCCACUCCAUUUCACUCGGUGCCGUCAAUGCAAACCAUCGAGUCACUCGUCGGAAGAGUGUCACCACUGCGGUUGCUGCUAAUGUGGCGGCAGCGGCGGUCGCUGCUUCGAUGAAAGAUUCCCCAGGGGAAUCAGUAGGAUUGCCUAUGCCCUCGCACCGUCGUGGAAGCCGCAAAGGCUUAGAGUCUAGUUCGGUCGGACUCCCCUCCGGCUUCGGCUCCUAUCUCUCUCGGAGCAUGAACAGUCCCAGCCAGGAACCAUCGGUCGCUCGCAAGCCCUCACCCAGCAGCUCCAACGAUGAAUCAUCCCCGGCCACCACCGCCGUCGAUGGAAGUAAUCCCGCGAGCAAGCCCGUCAGCACCAAGAACCGAAACCGUCGGGCCAGCGAGGGAUCGCACCUGGUCAAAGGCGAAGGGAAGCGCGUCAUGGCCGAACUUCGCUGCGAUCGUUGCGGGAAAGGGUAUAAGCAUGGCAGUUGCUUGUCUAAGCAUAUGUGUGUAUCCUCCCCCCAAUCCGCUGUCCUGCCGUCUGGCUCGAUUCGGGGUAAAUGCGCCAUGUCGGCUCUGUGCAAGGUCGCCCUCGUGGUCAUUCAGCUCCCCCCUCUUUGUUCAACCUCCUCUCCUUCUCGUGGUGGACCGUGGGAACAUGACCCUGCGUGGGCAAUUACUUCGAAACUGUUGAUUUCCAAGCAUCAGCAAGUCCAGUUGCUUGAAGCAGCCUCCGUCCUGGUCACCAUGACCCAGGAUGACCCUUCCACAGAAGGAGCAGAGGCCGAUUCAGAGUUCUCCUCUGCAUCACCGGACGCCUCGUCGGAGUUCCGCGAGGGCAUCAGCUCCGCGGAGACCACGCCGCCCCCCGUGGACGACGAUGACGAUGACGAUGACAUGUCCCCCGAGCCAAUGACUAUGAGCAAACGAUUCAGUAUUGGCAACGCCUCGGGCCAUUUCUCCCAUUCCUAUCAGUCCGUCCCCUCGAGCUCCUUCACCGGUAGCGCUCCGUGGGCGUCGCCCGCAUUCUCGCAUUUCCGCCAUUCGAGCAUCGACACCAGGCCCUCCACGGCGGAGGCCAAGCUGCACGACGAUGAUGAGGCAGAUCUGGCUGCUGCCAUCGGCCUCUGCAACUUCGGGACUCCACGUACUGGACCUGUCCCCCCUCUCGCCCAGCGUGCCUCCUGUGCCUCCGUUGCCGUCUCGCUUCCUGGAUCAGAGCAGCUCUCGGACACGGACCUUGCGAACUCCACACCGAAUAUUUUCUUCCCCCUGUCGUACAACCCAUCGUUGUCAUAUAAGGUAUCGGAUGAGCGAGAGGUGAAGAUGGGCGAUGCCGACCGUGCCACACGGCAGAACCGCAAUGCGGACGUCGACUUCGGGAACCGUCCCAUCGCUGUCGAUGACGAUGAUGAUGGCGUCUUCGGUCGCAUGGAGGAGUGA